CUCCGAUCGUGACUGUAAUUUUAUGAUUAGGUACCAGAUUUAAAAUUCAUCAGCAGUUGGGCUUUAAGUUUGACACAGUGAAUUGUAUCUGUCACGUGAUUUCUUUCACGUACUUGGGUAAACUAAGACCAGGUCCCAUUUUUACUUAUACAUCUUUAGCUUGACACAUUCGUUAGAAAAACAACGAAUCGGGCAUCACAGUUGCAUCCAACCCAUUUGGAAUGCUAGGUUUUCGUCUGACUCCAGAGACGUAACAAUUUCCAAGAUGCUUUUCUUCAGUUUCUUCAAGACCCUCAUCGACCACGAGGUUACGGUCGAGCUCAAGAACGACAUCCAGAUCCGAGGCACGCUCAAGAGCGUCGAUCAGUAUCUCAACAUCAAGCUCGAUGAUAUACAAGUCGUCGAAGAGAUCAAGUACCCGCAUCUGAGCUCUGUCAAGAAUGUCUUCAUCCGAGGCUCGGUCGUAAGAUAUGUCCACCUCCCUGCCAAUGCCGUGGACAUCGCGCUACUGGAGGAUGCCACGAGAAGAGAAGCCGCGCAGCAAGCUGGAAAAGGGAAGUGAGGAUGCUGCCCUCGAGGGACGCAAAACGGAGCAGGACUGGCAAGCAACGUUUGCGACGUAGUAAUUUCAGCAACCCGGAACCGACAAUUUGAAGGGGUCUACGAUAAUUGUCCUUAAGAAAAGGAUACUCGCGCUGCUAUUUUCAUUAUCAUGACGAAUAAAUAAAAAUAGCACUCCUUAGGCUUUCGGCAGACCCCCGAAGACGCAUACGUAUGUCGCCAUGAUACAUCGUUAGACGAUAGGCACCAAUUCAUAAUGAAUGACCAACCCGUCCUUGCAUGAUACAGAUUCGAUACUCUUAAGCUAGACUUCUGUGCGCUCUCGUAGACUCCAAGUCUGAGUGAAAUGAUCGAUACGAAUUUACUAGUUUUGCUUAGCCAAUAUCUAAC